AUGUUUUACGAUUUGAAUGUCCCAUACAGUCCGGAUGACCCCGAGGCACUCCACACCUUAAACUUCCUUGCUGAACUUGGUUACACGACCGUCGCCUUGUCCCAAACAAUCACUGGCAAGCUUCCCCCGAACCUUAGCCCGCCGCCUCUUCCAUCAAAUGCCCCAAAGUCCCUCCAGUUGCUCACCCGGCUCAACCUUACACUCUCCGACCCCGCGCAAAACCAGCGGCUCAAUAGCUUAUCACAAGCUUAUGACAUUGUUGCCCUGUGCCCGACAAAUGAGAAAACCCUUCUCAAUGCCUGCACCAAUCUGGAGUGUGACGUGAUAUCACUCGAUCUUUCUGUGCGACUUCCAUUCCACUUCAAAUUCAAAAUGCUGUCGGCUGCGAUAUCACGUGGUAUUCGCCUGGAGAUCUGCUACGGCCCGGGAGUCACAGGGAGCGGGUUGGAUGCUCGUCGCAACCUUAUUGGAAACGCAAUGUCGUUGAUCAGAGCUACACGGGGUGGAAGAGGCAUUAUCGUAUCAAGUGAGGCCAAGCGUGCGCUGAGCCUGCGAGCUCCGUGGGACGUGAUCAACCUGACCUGUGUGUGGGGCUUAUCACAAGAGCGAGGCAAGGAAGCAAUCUGUGAAGAAGCUAGGAAGGUCACAGCGUUGGCCAAGCUCAAGCGCACGAGCUGGCGCGGCAUCGUCGAUAUUGUCCAUGGUGGAGAGAAGGCUAAGACCGAGAAGCCGACAACCAAGCAGAAGGGACAAGCCAAAGCAGCUGCCUCUGCGCAGCCGGAAAAUACCACUGAAACCUUGAAGAGGAAGGCUUCUCUUGGCUCCGAGGCUGCCGUUGAGCCCGAGAAGCCUCUGUCGAAGCGAGAGAUCGCGCGACGAGCCAAAAAGGCCCGUCUUGAACGUCAAGCAGAAGAUGCGAGCUGA